AUGACCGUGGUCUCCAACUCCGUCUCGCUCGCGGUCGCGGUCACCAUCGCUCUCGCGCUCGUGCUCGUUGUCUCGGUCUCGGUCUCGGUCACGGUCACGGUCACGCUCGCCCUCGCGCUCGCGGUCGUACUCGAGGUCGAGGUGCCCGAUGUAGAGAUCGAGGUCCAGGUGGCCAAGUCGAAGGAGAAGGGUGCCAAGGGCGCUGGCGCCUUCACCACCUAUGCCGUCUCGACCAAGACGACCGAGGAUGUGUUUGCAGGCACCUCGUUCACCGUCGUCCGCCGCUACCGUGACUUCCUCUGGCUUCAGUCCGAGCUCCUCGAUCGCUACCCGGGCGUCAUCAUCCCGCCGCUGCCCGAGAAGCGCGAGUACAACAAGUUUGACGCCUUCUUCCUUCAGUACCGCCGCCGCGGCCUGCAGAAGUUCCUGAGGACCAUUGCUGCUCACCCGCGCCUGGCCCGCUCCUCGGUCACCAUCGAGUUCCUCGAGUCCGAAACCCCGCUGCCGAGCUCCAAGAACCUCGCCCGCGACAUCUUCUCCAAGGUGACCUCGUUCUCCAUGGCCCGCCUCCACGCCGCCAACCUGCAGGAGAACGACGAGUUCUCCAUGGCUCAGGACCAGCUCGACCACCUCUCCGCAGGCCUCAAGGCCACCGCUUCCGGCCUCAAGGCCCAGGCUCGCGUCUUUGUCGACAUUGCCGACGUCCUCGACGGCUUCUCCGACGAAGCUACCGGCCUCGCCGAGCUCUCGCAGCCGCCGCUCGCCCAGUGGAUCACCGCCACCGGCGACGGCAUGUACCGCGUCUCGCUCAUCGACCGCGAGCUCUCCACUUCCGUCUUUGAGACCUUUGGCGCCACCCUCGGUGAGUACGUUCGCGGCUCAUACCUCGCUCGCGCUGCCCUCGUCGCCCGCGCCGAGGCAUACAUCAAGUGGCAGGACACUGUCGCCGCGGGCGACGCAAAGCGCGCCGCUCUCGACAAGGCCCGCGAAAAGCCUGGCAAGGAGUCUGCCGUCGCAAAGCUCGAGUCCAAGAUCGACGCCCUCGACGACAAGGCCCGCGAGUACCAGAUGGCCUUUGACGAGAUCACCGCCGGCCUCCAGGCCGAGCUCACCCGCUUCCACGCCCGCCGUGAAGUCGACCUGCAGCACGCCCUCGUUGCCCUCACACAGGACUCCAUCACUUCGCACCAGAAGCGCCGCGCCAUCUUUGGCUCUAUCCUCCGCUCCCUCCAGGACGACAACCCCGAGCCGUAA